CGCGGGAGGAAUCUGAAGAACCUUUGACAUGCGCAUACUUAUUCCCGUCAGGGUGCCCGCAACUGGCCGCGGCCCGGAAUGUUGAAUUCGACCAGUUUGGAACACCCACGAGACACGUUCUCCAAACCCUGGCUUGCUACUCUCGACCGCGCGGCGCGGCGGCAAGCGUCCACGGCCUCGGUAGGCGGGGCUCACGAAUCAUUAAUAAUUGCCGGGCAACCCUUCGACCUCAAACCCCACUAGAAAACGGGAAGAGGGCUCGUCAAGACUAAUUUUGACCUUUCUCUCGUCGCUGUUUUGAGAAUAUUCCCUGUCAGCAAGGUGUAGCAGCAAUGACUAAAUUAAUCCUCUCUACUGGAAACAUUGUCUCGGGCGGCCCCUCCAUCAUCCGUAAGCCCGGCGCGUUUCGAUUGAAUCUCGAGCUGACAAACUCGCUCCGGAGCAACUUCCUCGCUGCGCAGGAAGAUUACGCGGCCGAAGUAGCGCACAGCAACGGUGAUGCAAACGGCGACAGCAACGGCAGCGCCAAUGGCGGCGUCGACCUGAACCAUGGCACCGGCGGGCGCCCCGCAGCGUCGCUCUGGACGGCCGAGAAAGACGGCGUGCUGUAUGUGCCCGCGAUCGACAGGGGCGACCAUGGCCUGCAGGAGGACCCUGCGCAGUACGAUAUAACGGCCAAGCUCUUCUUCCUCCCGGGCGCGCCCGUCUCGCAACGGUCGCAUCACGCAAGGGAAGCGCUGAAACACGUCCUGAGGGAACUGCGCGCUCCCGCUGUCGACCUACUUAUCGUGUCCUUUCCGGGCAUGUCGUUUGAGGGGGAUUGCGAGUGGGAGGCGGACCGAAAGAACGCGGCGCAGGGCAAUGACGAGGACGAGAUUGCGAGCUGGCCGGCCAUCGAAGAACUGCAUCGCGCCGGACUGGCGAAGAAGCUCGGCCUGGCCGAGUUCGGCAGCGAAAAGCUCUCCCGCUUCCUUCCGAGGGUUCAGGUCCGACCCGCGGUCGACCAGAUCAACAUCAAGGACUGCUGCAAUGUCCCGCCGCCGCUGACGAAGCUGGCAAAGGAGCAAGGCAUCGAGCUGCUGGUCCACAGCGACUGCACCGAUAUUCUCCCAAAGGGUACCUUGAGGGAGCUCCUCGGGCAGGGGCUUGGCGGGGCCGGCCUGCUGGCCGAUCCGGAGACGGGCGCCGGCGGCCUGCAGGGCGAUCUCACGCCGCAAUGGGUGAUAAAGUACACGGCCGUCGUUCGGGACCGGGGAGUGAUUGAGAAUAAGGGUUAUUUUGCGGGCGCAGAACUGGUGGACGAAUAAGUCCGAAAUGUUUUGUUUGCAACAGCUGGGAGGCAUGAAAUUGUCCAGGAGUUUUCAGGGUAAGGGCGGGGUUUUGAUAUAGUUACACGCAUCUGGGAACGGAGCACGGGAAGAG